AUUGAAUAACAUCUUACUUGCUCACGUAUAAUUCUCAAAUAUACAUGUGCUUUUGUUUACAUUACAUAUGAUACAUUUCAUUUCAUGUUCUCUCUCUUUUGUGCGCCGUUUAUGACACCUAACCGGAUGAAAUGUGGCUUCUCUACAAUUAGUUGAUACCGAAACAAAGUGGGUGCGGAGUACGUGCUGGUACUUUGAGUGUAAGUUACUUACUUACCUUGUGAGCUCUAUAAAAGUUUUGGACACUUUUCGUUUGGCAGCUUCCAUAGUGUGAGUUGGUCAGUAGUUUUCAAAGAACAGGUAUCAUUUGCACUCAUCAUCUCUGUACUUAAAAAUGGAGCAAGAAAUUCUUCUGAAAGAAAAAUAUGGCUGCCUAGGAGCAGAAUCAGUCUACGUGAAACCUGCAGACCAAGACUCUGUCAUCCGAAUAGAUGAGUCUAAAGUUCGCAGUGGCAGCCAGCGCUCAAACAUUUUACUAUUUUUCAAGCAAUUCUUCAAUGAGGUUUUUUUACCGCAAGGUUACCCAUAUACUGUUAGUGAUGACUAUUGGUCCUAUCAGUAUUGGGACACGGUCCAAGCUUUCUGCAGCUCAAUAUGUGGGAGCCUCACCACUCAUGCAAUCAUGAAAGGAGUCGGAGUAGGUGACACAGCUGCAACCCCUCUAGCCGCAGCUGUAACUUGGAUCCUCAAGGACGGAACAGGCAUGACGGGAAGAAUUGCCUUCGCUUGGUGGAAAGGAUCAAGACUUGAUGCAGAGUGCAAAGCUUGGAGACUUAUGGCUGAUGUGCUCAACGAUAUUGCAAUGUUAGCAGAAAUGCUUUUGCCCUAUGUUCCUAACUAUACUACAAUAAUACUCUGUGCAUCUCAGUCUGCAAAAGCUAUUGUUGGUGUUGCUGGAGGAGCUACAAGAGCAGCUAUUACCCAGCAUCAGGCUAUUCGCGGAAACAUGGGAGACGUAUCUGCCAAAGAUGGAAGUCAGGAAACUUGCAUUAAUUUACUCGCUUCCUUUGUCGGAAUUUUUCUCCUAACAACUGUGACAAAUGCUUUCUGUGUCUGGGCACUUUUUAUUAUUCUUGCAAGCUGUCACAUUUAUGCCAAUUAUCAGGCUGUGCUUUCCCUACGAUUGGUCUCACUAAAUACAGAACGAAUGAAUUUGAUUCUUAAGCACUAUUUCUCGUCUAAAACUGAAGUUCCAACUCCCAGAGAAGUCAACGCUCAAGAAUCCAUUAUUCCAGGAUCUGGCCUAACCACUAAGCAGCUCUGUGGAUUUGACAUUUAUCUUGGAUGUUCUUUGCAACAUUCUUUGAAAAAUAGAGUCAUUUCUGCUGAAGAGCUGAAAUCGAUGCCGGAAAAACUUUGUUGCGACAACUUCAUGCUUUUGAUUGAUCCAGAAAAUUGUAUCAUCCGUGUGGUAUUUCGAGAACACGAAUCAGCUCAUGAUGUCAUCCAAGCCUAUUUCACCGCUGUCUGUAUGGCUAUCAUGCUCUCUGUCUCCAAGACAACGAGAUUGGCUCAUCUCCCUGAUUCAGCCAUGAUCAACAAAAAUCCAGGAAGGAUUAUGAGUGACAUUACUCAACCAUAUGAUUUCCUUGUCUGCACGGGUAAAAGUUAUUCUGGAGAAAUACCCUCAGAAGAACAAAUUGCGAAAGUUUUAGAGUCAAAUAAUGAAAUAAGUAAAACUUUCAAAAUCUUCAUGGACCUUUUGGAAACUCAAGGGUGGAAGACGGAUCGUCACCAUUUCAUUGUUGAUGAGUGGAGAGCAUCGUGGCCUUUGUAUCGAUCAAGUGACAACAGAUCAGAAACUAGAAAGAAAAAGUGAGAAGAAAAGUCUAAUGAAGGUGGUGUAGCUUAUACCCAGGUGAAUUCUUCAAAAGGUGUCUAACACCAACAUUGAUCAAGCAUCAGUUGAUGAUGUCUUGACGCAAGGUCAGUUCUUCCCUCAUAGCGCAAAAGCUAUCUUGCGCCAUGUUAGACCUAAGUUUCUCAGUUUUCAUGGCAAAGCAGACACUAAUUUCACAUUGUCUCUUUCAACUUUAGAGUUUUCAAAACUAUACAAGUGAAAUUCUAGCCUUCCAUACUUGACAAGAUAAUAGUCCUCAAGGCUAUGUUGAUUCAUAGAGAAAAAAAAAGGAGGUGCUUGCAAUUUGGGCAUCUUGGAAUUUUUUAGAUGACGUAGGUCGGCACAGCGACUUUUAUCAUCGA